AUGGCUAAUGCAUCUAAUAGUCCAAAGGGAAAGGAUCUUAUGAGACCAAUAAAAAGUGUAGGAGUAGAUUUUGAUGAUAAACCAUUAUGGCAUCAUGUCAAAGUUAUUUCGAUUGCUCCUAAUGAUAGUGGAAAUAGAACAUGGUCAUGUAACUAUUGCAAUAAAAUAGUUACUAGAUCAUAUAAUAUAGUAAAAGCACAUCUCUUGAGAUUAUCUGGUCAUGGAGUUCACAUAUGUAAAGAAAUUCAUGCUGAUAUAUUUGUGGCUUUGAAGUUGGAGCAUGAACAAGCUGAACAGAAAAAAUCAUCCAUUCAUGUCGAUGCAAGAAAGAAAGCUGAUUAUGUAUCACUUCCGGAGGGUGGAGAUCGGUUUGAUAUUGAUGGGACAACUAAUGGUCUAAGUCUAAUCGAACUAUCAAUAGAUGAACCUCAAAUUGAAGGUGUGGUAUUUGAGGAAGAAUUUGAAGAUUUGGAAGAAGUUGAAGAAGAUGCGGAAGAAUAG